AUGGGGAUGGAAAUGCUAUCCCAGAGGUUCGUCUUAUGGCUGGUGGCCUCGGCGUGGAUCUUCGGUGAGGAGAUGUGGGUCUCCUCUGGCUUCGAUUAUGAUUACACUUAUGCUUUUCACGAAGAGGAUAAAACCGAGACGCUAGAUUAUAAAGAUCCCUGUAAAGCUGCUGUCUUUUGGGGAGAUAUUGCCUUAGAUGAUGAAGACUUAAGAAUCUUUCCAAUUGAUAGGAAAAUUGACCUUACACAGAACUCAUUUGAAAAACUUGGACAUAUCACAGGUGACCUGGGAGACCAUGGUGUGUCAGAGAAAAGAGGGGUUCUGUAUCAGCUCAUAGACAGGAUAAGAAGAUUUGGCUCUGGCAUAGAACAAAACAACACAACCAUGGGAAAAGCAGCUGUAAAAUUCUCAGGACAAAAUGAGAAAAACCGGGUUCCCAGGGCUGCUACGUCAAGAACAGAAAGAAUAUGGCCUGGGGGUGUCAUUCCAUACCUUAUAGGAGGCAAUUUUACUGGCAGCCAGCGAGCCAUGUUCAAGCAGGCAAUGAGGCACUGGGAAAAACAUACAUGUGUAACUUUCAUAGAAAGAAGUGAUGAAGAAAGUUAUAUCGUAUUUACUUAUAGACCUUGUGGAUGCUGUUCUUAUGUGGGUCGAAGAGGCAAUGGACCUCAGGCUAUCUCUAUUGGCAAGAACUGUGAUAAAUUCGGAAUUGUGGUCCAUGAAUUGGGCCAUGUGAUAGGUUUCUGGCAUGAACACACACGACCAGACCGAGAUAAACAUGUAACCAUCAUAAGAGAAAACAUCCAGCCAGGUCAAGAGUACAACUUCCUGAAGAUGGAGCCUGGAGAAGUGAACUCCCUUGGGGAAUCAUAUGAUUUUGACAGUAUUAUGCACUAUGCCAGGAACACCUUCUCAAGGGGGAUGUUUCUAGAUACCAUUCUUCCUUCCCGCGAUGACAACGGUAUACGUCCUGCAAUUGGCCAACGUACACGCUUGAGCAAAGGAGAUAUUGCACAGGCAAGAAAGCUGUAUAGAUGUCCAGCAUGUGGAGAAACACUUCAAGAGUCUACUGGCAACUUUUCUUCUCCGGGAUUUCCAAACGGCUAUCCUUCCUAUACACACUGUAUAUGGAGAAUUUCUGUGACUCCAGGGGAAAAGAUUGUCUUAAACUUUACUACAAUGGACCUCUACAAGAGUAGUUUGUGCUGGUAUGAUUAUAUUGAAGUCAGAGAUGGGUAUUGGAGAAAAUCACCUCUGUUAGGCAGAUUUUGUGGUGACAAGUUGCCUGAAGUCCUAACAUCUACUGACAGCAGGAUGUGGAUUGAGUUUCGAAGCAGCAGUAAUUGGGUAGGAAAAGGUUUUGCAGCUGUUUAUGAAGCAAUCUGUGGUGGUGAGAUCCAUAAAAACGAAGGCCAGAUCCAGUCUCCUAAUUAUCCUGAUGACUACAGACCUAUGAAAGAAUGUGUGUGGAAAAUAAUAGCUUCAGAGAACUACAAUGUUGGGUUAACCUUUCAGGCAUUUGAGAUUGAAAGACAUGAUAGCUGUGCUUAUGACUACCUGGAAAUUCGAGAUGGAUCCGAUGAAAAUAGUCCUUUGAUUGGCCAUUUUUGUGGUUAUGAUAAACCAGAAGAUAUCAAGUCGACUUCUAAUACGCUGUGGAUGAAGUUUGUUUCAGAUGGAACUGUUAACAAAGCUGGGUUUGCUGCUAACUUUUUUAAAGAGGAAGAUGAAUGUGCAAAACCUGACAAUGGAGGGUGUGAACAGCGAUGUGUAAACACUUUGGGAAGUUAUCAGUGUGCUUGUGAACCUGGCUAUGAGCUUGGGCCUGAUAAAAGGAGUUGUGAAGCUGCUUGUGGAGGACUUCUGACAAAGCUCAAUGGCACCAUAACCACCCCAGGCUGGCCCAAAGAAUACCCUCCCAAUAAAAACUGCAUUUGGCAGGUGGUGGCUCCAACCCAGUACCGAAUUUCUAUGAAAUUUGAAUUUUUUGAGCUAGAGGGCAAUGAAGUUUGCAAAUAUGAUUAUGUGGAGAUCCGAAGUGGAUUGUCCUCAGACUCCAAAUUACAUGGCAAAUUUUGUGGGGCAGAAGUACCUGAGGUCAUCACUUCCCAGUUCAACAAUAUGAGGAUUGAAUUCAAAUCUGACAACACCGUUUCUAAGAAGGGUUUCAAAGCUCAUUUCUUCUCAGACAAAGAUGAAUGCUCCAAGGAUAAUGGGGGAUGUCAACAUGAAUGCAUCAAUACUGUGGGAAGCUAUGUGUGUCAGUGUCGAAAUGGAUUUGUACUUCAUGAGAACAAACAUGACUGCAAGGAAGCUGAGUGUGAGCAGAAGAUUCACAGUCCAAAUGGAGUCAUUACCAGUCCAAACUGGCCAGACAAGUAUCCGAGUAGGAAGGAAUGUACAUGGGAAAUCAGUGCCACUCCUGGACACCGAGUAAAACUAGCUUUCAGUGAGUUUGAGAUUGAACAGCAUCAGGAAUGUGCUUAUGAUCACUUGGAAGUGUUUGAUGGGGAAACAGAAAAAUCACCAAUUCUAGGUCGUCUGUGUGGCAACAAGAUGCCAGAUCCCCUGGUGGCAACUGGAAAUAAGAUGUUCCUUCGUUUUGUUUCUGAUGCGUCAGUACAAAGAAAAGGCUUCCAAGCCCAGCAUUCUACAGAAUGUGGUGGUCGACUGAAAGCUGAACCCAGUCCAAAAGACCUGUAUUCUCAUGCUCAGUUUGGUGAUAACAAUUACCCUGGCCAAGUCCGUUGUGAGUGGCUGCUACUGUCAGAACAAGGAUCUUCAGUUGAAUUAAGUUUUCAGACUUUUGAGAUUGAAGAAGAAGCAGACUGUGGCUAUGACUAUGUUCAGCUCUUUGAUGGACAUGAUUCAACAGAUCAGAAUCUUGGUCGAUUCUGUGGCUCAGGUCCACCUGAAGAAAUCUAUUCAUCGGGGGAUGCUAUUUUAAUUUAUUUCCACACUGACGAUACAAUCAACAAGAAAGGAUUCCAUAUACGAUACAAAAGCAGAAAAUACUCAGCUACCACUCGUACCAAAAAAUAA